CCCAUACAAUAUGUGUCGCCGCCCACGCCGCCCGCCUCCACCACCGCCUCGCCAUCGUCAUCCUCGGCCGCCCUCAGCGAAGCAAAGACGCGCCACAUGGCCAUUUCCACGCACCACCACAUCCUCAUCGUCACGGGCCCUGCAGGCUGUGGCAAGAGCACCAUUGCCAAGCAUCUCUCCGACCGAUAUGGCUUCGACUACGUCGAGGGUGACGAGUUCCACCCCAAAUCAAACAUCGACAAGAUGGCCGCCGGCAUCCCGCUCAACGACGAGGACCGCUGGGACUGGCUGAUUCUGCUGCGCGACCAGGCCCUCACGGCCCUCAAGAACGGCUCGCGAGGCGUCGUCGUCACGUGCAGCGCCCUCAAGAAGAAGUACCGUGACGUCAUCCGCACCGCCAGGCUGUACGACGAGGACCCCAAUGCAAACGUGCACUUUGUCUACCUGCGCUCCGACAUGGAGACGCUCAUGUCGCGUGUACGCGCCCGCCAAGGCCACUACAUGAAAGACGCCAUGGUGGCCAGCCAGUUUGCCGCCCUCGAGGAGCCCGACGAAACAGAGUGCAAGCAGCUCAAGGACGUGGAAAUCAUCGAUGUCAAGGGAAGCAUAGAAGACGUGCAGCAACUAGCCGGCGCUGCAGUCGACCGAAUCCUGGCACAAUAGCACCUUGCCCGCAAGAUCAGCCGGCUCUGAUCUGUAAAGUUCAAGUCCCAUCUCUGAUUCGAUUUUUUCCGCUUCGCUGCUUGACAUGACCUCGGCGCUGAAGCAGUUUCUCCGCAAGCGACAUGGCGGGUGGGGGGUUUUGUUCUCUUUUCUAUUUUUCUGUUUAUGAAAAUGGCGUAAUCAAUAUUAAUCACAUUUACCCUUGGCGACAUGGGCUACUGGUUUUUUGCUUUUGCUUUUGCAUUGCAUUUCUCCGAGGACUCGUCGUUAGACACAAGACGCAAUCAAG